CUGCAAUCACUCUCCACCGCAUAGCCAUCGUCAAUUCAAGAAAACAGAAGAACACGACCGCUUACACCAGUCGCCCAACAAUGUCCAACCCCGAAGCUCAAGCGGCGCAGGCCGCACAUCAAGCGCUCAUGGAGCAGCUCGACAUUCAUUCGAUCCACAAGACCUUCCGGAAUCCGCAGUGGCGGCCCAACAUCCGGCGCAACAAGAACAUUAAGACCAUCCUGGGCGACGCCUCUCGCAAGGAAGCUUCUGUCAUCGCCACCCCACAGGACGAUAGCGGCGCUGCGACUCCCGCGCCGCGAGACGACGACGGUCUUUCAACGAGCGGCACUUCAACCCCAGCGAACCCCUCGGCCGGCGGCACCCCGAACCUGCAGCCGAACUUGGCCCAGGCCUCGCGCAGUUUGUCCAAGCUCGUCCUCGAGAAGUCACUGAUUGCAUCUUCCAAGCCGGCCAACGGCGCGUCCUCGGCGCCCACAGCAACCUACACCAACAUUGAGAGCGCGCCCAGCCUGGCUCCGCUGAAACACUACUGCGACGUGACGGGUCUGCCCGCGCCCUACAUGGACCCCAAGACGAGGAUGCGCUAUCAUAAUCGUGAGGUGUUUGCUAUGAUCCGGAAUCUGCCGCAGGGCGUAGGCGAGCAAUUCUUGGAGGCGAGAGGCGCCCAUACGGUCCUCAAGUAAACGGGCUUGGAUACUGGGGACAAGCAUUUGGUGGGAUAGGGACGUUUCGUCCGUGUUGGGUUCUCAGACAUCGCAACUAUCGCUCAACCGGGGCAGGAGCACAGCUGCCUGUCUUGCUGCUUCCACCGAUGAGUCUGAGUCUGUAUCGCUCCCGCCUGUCUGAACGACUCGGACUCGGAACCAAUCGCACCUGCCGUACGCC